CUGUUGGUGUUGCGUUCUUGGUGGCGGCGGCUCUAGGGGUGGAGCAGGUGUGGCGUGCGCGAGCCGAUUGGAGGCCGAGUCUGAGCCGCGUCCGGGCUGACCGAGUGGAAGCCGCACAGCGCGUCCGGGAGCCGUGCCGAGGCCAUGGCUGGGGGCAAAGCUGGAAAAGACAGUGGAAAGGCCAAGGCUAAAGCAGUAUCUCGUUCACAAAGAGCUGGACUACAGUUUCCAGUAGGCCGUAUUCACCGACACUUGAAGACUCGUACCACAAGCCACGGGAGGGUUGGUGCCACUGCCGCAGUGUAUAGUGCUGCGAUUUUGGAAUAUCUCACAGCUGAGGUACUGGAGCUGGCAGGAAAUGCAUCUAAGGAUCUCAAAGUAAAGCGUAUCACUCCUCGUCACUUGCAGCUUGCAAUCCGUGGGGAUGAAGAGUUGGAUUCUCUCAUCAAGGCUACCAUAGCUGGAGGUGGUGUGAUCCCUCACAUCCACAAAUCCCUGAUUGGAAAGAAGGGACAGCAAAAAACUGCAUAGAGAGUUGUUUUCGCCAGCCCUCUUCCUCCCUGUCAUUGUACUGUAACGGACAGAGAAAUAAUGGGGAUAUGCAGAAUUUUUAAGAGUUAAAUGGAAAAGCAUAGACAAUUACUGUAGACAUGAUAAAAGAAACAUUUGUAUGUUCUUAGAUUUCAAAGUUUGAUAAAAGUAUCUUUUCAUGUGGCAAAAAUUAUGUGUUGAUUGGCUAGGUUUCUUCUUUGUAUUUUAUACCAAAAAAUUGAUAAAACCAUUUUUUACAAAAUUAAUUUGUCUCAAAAUUGUUCUGUUUGUGAUGCAUUGAAAAGAUUUUUCACAGACAUUGAAACAUUUUAAACUCUUAAAUUGGUUAUCACAUAAAUUAGGAAUACUGCUUCAUUGUAAUUUAGUAGUAUAUUUCAUUUAGUCUUCAGAUGCUGUUAAUUUUUUUUAAAAGAUGCUGGUAAUUAUAAUGUACACCAUUAUUUUAUAUGCUACUAAGAAAAACUCUGCCAAUUAAACCAUGAUAUGCCAUCAAUUAUGGGAUACAUCCCAAUUUCAGGGAUGUUGGAAUGUGAGAAAAUAUGAUUCAGGAUUGGUGAGAUAGAAUUGCAAACAUUUAUUUAUUGAGCACUUCUCAUGUGCCAGGUUCUUUGUUGAGUACUUUAUAAGCUUAAUCUCAUACCAAUGAAUUAAGAAAUUUUUAAGCAGUAUGUCAAAAGAUAUACUUUAAGCUAGUACCUAGAAAAUGGCAGAGCUAGGAUUCAGGCCAAGAUUUGGCUUACUCUAGAGCCCACACUCUUAGCUAGAAUUGAAGUUAAAUUUAUCGAAGUUUCCUCUCUGAUUUAAAAUUCCAAAAUUUUAGUAGACUUUUAGGAAUUUGAAUUCUAUAAGUAUGGGUUUAAAACUAUAUUAGCAUUUUAAAAUACCACUUCCCUGUCCAGGUUUAUGUAUGUAUUAAUUUUUUAAGCUGCAUUCAAUCAAAAUAAUUUUCAUUCUUAGUUACUUAGAUUUGUAUUUUCUCAUCUAUUGUGAAAAAAAAAAAUGACCGGAGAUGCAUUGCUAUAUAUGGACACUUUAUAUUUCCCCUUUUACUAACUUUUUUUUCCUAACUUAAAACCCUAUUUGGUAUUCUGACUUUUGAAACAAACUGUCAAAAACAUCAUAGCACUAGCCUAUGGUGUUCUCACCAAAGUGCAGUUGUUUUACUGCACUGUCACUGGAUGCCUGUGUUUUCUGUUGAGACUUACUUGGGCUGUUUCAUUGAAAUUUACCUUACAAGUCUGGAAUAGUACCGAGGCUUAAUUUCUUUACUAACUAUAGUAAUACUUAUAAUACAGUCUCCAAAAAUCAUUUCUUGUCAGCUUCUAAGUAACAAGUUAUGAGAUUAAACUGUGUUUUAAGAUUUAACUGAGCAAUUAUAUGCCAGUCCAUCAAAGAACUCUGUCUGGGAGUCUUCAGUAAAGAAAAUAAACUUUUAAAUAUCUUACAAUACAACACUAUCAAAACAAAAUUCUCAUUUAAAAACACUUUAUUAUGAAAAAUUUCAAAAAUAAAGACUAGUAAUACCCUAUGGUUUCCCUAGUCGUACUCUCACCUCCCAGACAUCAUGUACACAUGCCAGUAUUAUCUCUAAAGGUACGGCACUUUUUAGAGCAUGAUUAAUACUCUUAUUGGGUGGGGGGCAGUCGAAUAGUUAUUACUUAGGUUUUCUUUAUUCUAAAUUUAUUUUACAAUUAGUUUCUUUGAGUCGGGACCCAGAUAAAUCUAUAUCUUGCAUUUGAUUGGUAAUUGAUAUCUUACAUUUCUUUUUGUUUACAUGGUUUCUCCUUUAUGUUUUUCUUAUGGUUUAAAUUUUUAAAGAAACGGCAUUGUCCUGUAGAAUCAUCCCUCACUAUCAGUUUUACUGAAUGCAUUCUCAUGGCAUCAUUUACAUUUCCUGUGCAUUGAUGGUGAGCUCAAGCGGGUUUUGUUUGUACCUUUUUGUGUUUAUUUCAGCAAAAUAUGAAGUUCUCUAUUAGCUCCUCCCCUAAGUGGUCGUAACUGCUGUUAGUGAUCAUUGCUUAGAUCCAGUAUUCUAUCUAGGACUGUAAAUUGAUGAUAUUCUGGUGUGUUUUUUUUUCUGAAAUGAUUAUCUGAAUUUAUGUAUAGAACUCAUGUUCUUUAGUUUACUAGACAGGAUAAAAUGAAAAUUUCACAUUCUGGUUGUUUCCGUGCACAUAUUUUAAAGAUGUUUAUAUAUUGAUGAGUCAAGACCCACCACUACCACCAUUAUUUAAGUUUUUAAAAAUUCGUAGAAACCACAACAACAAUAGAAGAGGCAUAAUAUCAGCCUUCCUUUGGCUUGAAUUCAUUCAAAUAAGGGUAUUUUACUAGUAUUUUCUACUUUAAAUAUCCAAUUUUGAUAGUGUAGUUAUUGGACUCUGUUCCUUGGACUGUAUGUUUUGUUUUGAUCUUUGCUCUCUCCUAGUGUUAUCCCUUGUGUACUUCAGCCCUGAUUUCACAAUUAUGGUCUGUCUGGCUAAUCCAUGCCCCUUACUACUUCUGUAUUUUAAAGCAUGCUCUAGUCAUAUUUCAUUUCUAAUACAUAAGUAUGUGUCACUUUUAGAAAGUCACACCUAAAACUUACUUAAAAUCACUCCAGAACUGCAUUUUAAGUAGUACAGCACAGAUAAGUACAGUAAUACUUCAGAGAAGGGAAUGAUUUUUUAAAUAGAAGGUGAACUUGAACUGGACUCAGAAAAAUGGGUUGUAUUUGGACACUUAGAAAGACCAGGCUGUAAAGACGCAGCAUGAAUACUAUUUUGGGAAUUAAAAAUGGAGAAUGUGGGGAAUCAUGACAAAACAGCUUAUGUGAUUAGAAGUUAUGAGAAAUGUGAGACUGGCCUUUGGUGCUGUGUUUGAAUUUAUUGUAAUGAUUUUGGCAGCAUCUUAGAAAAAAUUUCAGACGUACAAGAAAAUGAACAUAAUUACACAGUGAACCGUUUAUAUACUCACUAUCUAGAGUAUAUGAUGUUAACAAUUUUCUGUGUUGGCUUUAAUGCUCUACUUACCUAUACCAGAUUGUAGGAGUUCGCCUUGACUUUAUUACCUACUUUUCUUUUACUAAAGAAAGAAAAAUACUCAUCGAUCAGAUAAUGUCAUAUUAAAUGAUUAGCAUUUUUAGUGCUCUAGUAAAACUUAAGUUGCAUUGAGAUGUUACUAAUUGGAGCUGAGGAAUGGGCUGGCUGGACUGAUAGAAUGGACUGAAUGAGAUUAACUUUUCAUGAUAUGAAUAAGAUUUUAAGCAUAUUAAAUCUAAAAGUAGCUGUUUGAAAAUAGUAUGUUUUUUUGCAUGGUGUAGUAGUUUUCUGAAUAGUUAAGAUUUUAUAUUUGGCAUUUUUGAUAAUCUACAUUGCUGCAGCUACUAAGUGAUAUUUUGUGAGUCUGAGCUUCCGAACACUAAGGAAGGAUGAGAAUAAGUACAAAUAAACAAAACCCAUUGCUAAUUGAGUUGGUUGCAACUCAGGACCCCAAUGUGCUACAGAGUAGAAAUGCUUUAUAGCAUUAAUCCAUAUUUGGAUAACACCCAGUGUAACUGCUGUAAUUAGCUAGCUACCUAGCAGAAUACCACACAGGGAGAGGGCAUUUUGCUUUGUGGGGUCUGGUCUGUAGAUGUCCACAAAGUAGAGGAUAAAUAAACAGUAAUGGGCAGCGUUUUGGCCAUGUACCUUUGCUCCCGUUGUAUUAGGUUACAUAAUAAGGAGGGGCUUUGUGGAUAUAGUUGUCUACUAAGUGGGGAUACAGCCCUGGAUUAUCUGGGAGGAUCCAGAGAAACCACAUGAAUAUUUAGAAGCAAAAGAGGAAGACAUUUGGAGGGAGGACUCAAUGCUCCAUUGCUGUCUUGAAAGUGGCAGAAUCACAUGAAAAGGAAAUUCUGUCAACAACCAGUAAUCUUGGGAAAGAACCUGAGUCCAGCCACACUGUAUUUCAGGUGGCUGACCUCUGAAAACUUGUUUUGAACUGCUCAGUGAGGUAAUUUGUAUGGCAGCAGGAGACAAUUAAAACAGGAAUAUGUGAGGUUUGCACUAUUGGACCACUUAAAGGUAGAGAUGUCUGACUUGUUACAUAUGGAAGAGUUGGGCUUUGCGGUUCUUGUGUCCAUGGUAUGUUCUCCCAGAGCUCCGUACAUCUGGGUUCAAGUCUUUGGCUGGUCCCUAGCUGUGUGGCCUCAGGCAAGUGAUUUUAACAUCUUGUAGGCUUCUCUCUACUCCUGAAAUGGAUAUAACAGACUACCUCACAUAGUCUGAUCAAAAGGGGGAUGCAUGUAAAAUACUUAGCAGUGGUUGGAGCCCAGAGUACUUUAAGACAGUUACUGACAAACAUUUUUCUUUUCACUUCCCAGUCAACAUUUCAGGCAGAGCCUUUACCACCAAAGGCAUAACAAGAACAUCUCUCGCCACAGAGUCAUUGCCUACUCAUAGCAACCCUACAGGGCAGAGGAGAACUACCCUUGUGAAUUGCAAAGACUUACCUUUUACAGAAAUAGAAGGCCCAGCUUUCUCCCACUGAGUGGCUAAUGGUUUUGAACUGCUGACAUGAGUAGCAGCCCAACACAUAAUCACUGUGCCACCAGGUCUCCUUAAUAAGAACGUAGGCAGAUUAAACACAUAAUUAAGAAUUUUAAAACAAACUCUCAGGCCAAUUAUUUGGAGGACACCUUUAGAAAAGUACAUGGUCAACAAUAAGUCAUGUUGAUGAAGUAAUGUGUGACUUAGUGUUGAAAAGUAAAUCCAUGACAUCUGUAGAGAUGUCAUUGAUACUAUGUCCUGAAAAUGGAAAUAUUGACUGCAUUUUUUUUUCAUGAAAUAGUCAAAAAGUAUACCAGUUACUAGUAAUAAGUGAACUAAUAAGGGAAAAAAAGAACAGUUAACAGAAGUGCUAACUUAGUUUAUCUUUCCUCAAGCACUCAAGAUUCAAAUUGGUGCGUGAAGGAAAUUGUAGAUCACUAUGUCCUUUGUGAUAUAUGGAAAUUAGUGAAACAAAAAACAUGAAGUAUUUGAAUACCAAGGAUUAACUGUACUUGGUUUGUGCUACAAAGACUCCUUGUGGGUCUAAGAUAUCUGUACAUAAUGGACAUUCCCUUUAGGAACUUGUCUCAAAAAAGCAGAGGUGGGCCCACCUUUUUAAAUAAGAAGCAGAAACAAGCCUAACUCUGUUUGUGGCUCUGUAGACUAGUUAGUAAGGGAUAGCUCAGAUCUCUUUCUGUUGAUACUGUAAUAUCAGUUGGAGAUUGUUUUUAUUAGAAUUUGUGAAUCUUAAUCUGAUGAAUUAUAUAAAAGCUUAAUACAAUUUUUAAAACAUUUAAACUCUGCAAGUAAAUUCAACACAGCUAUUGUACAACAAAAAUCUCAACACCCAGCAUUAAACUUGUUCUAGUUUGGCCCCAAUUCUUCAGGAAAUCUUAAUUCAUCCAAAACUCUAAAAUCUUCAUCCCGGUAAAAGAUGGAGACCUGCCGACUUCCUCUUGCUCUUUCAUAGGAGUUCUUUAUGGCAGUUUCUGAUCUGAGAACUUUAGGCGCUAACCUCUGCAAAUGCUUAUAGUAUGUUUGAGUUAAGAAGGCUAUAUACAGUGUUGUUAGAUUCCAAGAUUGUCUGACAACCUAGUCUGAACUUGGUGUAUGCUUUUGAAAAUAAGGCUGUUUCUUUUAGAAUUCUUUUAAAAUUCUCUGUAAAUAAGACCUUUUUGCUCCUUAAUUGAAAUGUAUUUCAAAUGUCUGCGUUUGUGUAUAGUGGAAAUCAUUUUAUGAACAGAUGACUAAGAUUAGGGUUGACCACUCAGUGGUUCCCAAACUAUUUUUUCAUAGAUGUUUCAUGACCUGAAUUGAUGUGUUCCAUAAUAAAAUUGAAUAAUGCCCGUAUUUUUCCCCAAAUGGCAGAAAGAACAACAGUUUAUUGUCUUGUCAAUUUCAACAUUUUCUUGAAAAUUGCAUGUCUUGCCAGAGUGAAAGGCUCACACACUAAUGUUCAUGGAAAUGGUGAACAGCUUUCAUUGGUUUCCUGGUGUGCUUGAUUUGAUCUUUUAUUGUAUGUACCUUCGAAUCAUGUUUUCUGUUGGAAAGUUCUCAUUUAUAUAUGAUGGAAUUAAAUUUAUUCUUUGUAAAAAGA